AUGUCGUCCCUGAUCGUAAUGCACGACUCGCGAAUUAUGCUGUUGGAGGUAGCUGUGAAAAAUCUGUACAUGCCAUGGUCCGACGUGUUCGACUCUGCGCUUAUGAAGAAGACCGUCAUAAUGUUUCGAAUGCUGGAUGACGAAUGGACAACGUUAUCGCCGAAUCGACGAGACUAUCGUUCGUAUCGUGGCUCUAAUUACGAGAACGAACAAUUUUACGGCGGCAGAUCCGUGCUGUUCUCCGUGCCGGAAACUACGUUCGAGGAGAAAAUGUCCGGAGUAGAUCUGCAGCUGUAUGUGUACAAAGGAGUGUCCAAGUAUUUCGAGCUGGAGCCACGACGGAAUUUCGGAUUCGCCCUCGUCAGGAUGGACGAUCUGUUUAACGGUAUUAUCAAGGACCUCUGCGAACGGAAGGAGCUGGAGGGUUAUUUUUCUGCCGCAUUGGAGCGGGAACCUAUAUCAAGGUCGACACGCGGCACGUUCGUUCUGCUGGAUGAGGAUUUACAAGCAACCGACGCCACCAUCGAGCUCUACAUACGCAUCAGUUACUUGGGCAAAUGCAUCAUAACCGAAGUACACUCCCCUGCGAGCAUACAAACAGCAUUCUACGCACGCGAGGAAACCGACAACCAUUACCGAUAUCAAUUCCGGGAAUUAAAUACCAUGGAUCUGGAAUCCUUUUGUUGGGGCAGCUUGACGAUCAUCCCGCCCCUUCAUCCUGACAAUUUGAUCUGUCGAUGCAAAGAUCUCAUGGACAAAUUAGUGGGAGUGGCGACGCAGACGAAAAAGGCGAGAAAACGCAAACGCGACAAAUUCGAUUUAAUGCUCAGAAUGGCUAAUGUACAGAAACUAUUGGCCUUGAUGAAAGAGAUGAGAAAAAAUCGUCCAGACGUAAUGCCGCCCGCGGAAACGAAGAAGGUUUGCCCACCGUCACCGUCACCGUGUAUCUGCCCCACGGUGUGUCCACCUGUCUGCGUUUACACUAUGCCCUCCGUUUGUCCCAAUCCCUGUCAGCAGACGGCCGUUUACUGUCUACCAUGA